GUGCUGGCGGAGGGGGCGGGGCCAGGCGGCGCAGGAGACUCGCUGGCUGCCAGUGGCGCCGUGAGGGGAUGGCGGAGAGCGCGGGCAUCCCGCCCUUCCAGCUGGGGAGGCCUCGCUUCGAGCAGACUUCGUUUUACGGAAGGUUUAGACACUUCUUGGACAUCAUUGACCCCCGCACCCUCUUUGUCACUGAGAGUCGUCUUAAAGAAGCUGUGCAGUUGCUGGAGGAUUAUAAACAUGGGACUCUGCCCCCAGGAGUCACCAACAAAGAGCUUUGGAAAGCACAAAAAAUUAAACAGGCCAUCAUCCAUCCGGACACUAACGAGACGAUUUUCAUGCCUUUCAGAAUGUCAGGUUACAUUCCUUUUGGGACACCUAUUGUUGUUGGUCUCCUGCUGCCAAAUCAGACGCUGGCAUCCACCGUCUUCUGGCAGUGGUUGAAUCAGAGCCACAAUGCCUGUGUCAACUAUGCAAACCGAAAUGCGACAAAGCCUUCUCCAGCAUCCAAGUUCAUCCAGGGCUACUUGGGAGCUGUCAUAAGUGCUGUCUCGAUCGCAGUGGGCCUUAACGUUCUGAUCCAGAAAGCUAAUCAGUUUACUCCGGCCACCCGGCUCCUGAUCCAGAGAUUUGUGCCAUUCCCCGCUGUAGCCAGUGCCAAUAUUUGCAACGUGGUCCUGAUGAGACACAUGGAGCUGGAGGAGGGGAUUGACGUCCUGGACAGCGAUGGCAACAGGGUCGGGUCUUCCAGAAUUGCUGCCAAACAUGCACUGCUAGAGACGGCCCUGACCAGAGUGGUCUUGCCAAUGCCUAUACUGGUUCUACCUCCAAUCAUCAUGUCUCUACUGGAAAAAACGGCUCUCCUGCGGUCGCGGCCCCGGAUGGCCCUCCCCGUGCAGAGCUUUGUGUGCCUUGCUGCCUUCGGCCUGGCGCUGCCCCUGGCCAUCAGCCUCUUCCCGCAGAUGUCUGAGAUUGAGACGUCGCGCCUGGAGCCCGAAAUCGCCCGGGCCACCACCAGCGAGACCCUGGUCUACAACAAAGGGUUGUAAGCGGAAGCAGAGCUGCCGGGCCUGGGAGACGGAGAGGCAUGGAAAGGAGAGCGAGGAAGACUACGGAGGGGGGAGGAGGAGGAGGAAGGGAGGAUGACUAAGACAAUAGAAGGAAAGAGCUGGAGAACCUCGUAGCAUCUUCCCACCGCCAAGAGCCGAGCGUAAAUUAACACUCUCAGAGACCGGCGUCUCACGUCGGUCGGAAAGAUUAAUAUUUAAAGUUUUAAAUUAGCGACAGUAACAGCACAAAGGAAGGAGCGCCAGGGAGGGAGGGAAGGAGCCGAGAGCCAACAUCCUGAAUCCUCAGCGGAGGGGACUGUCGUGGCCCCUUUCCGUGGCUCCGCUCGGCUCCCGUGCGAACAUCGACCUCUCUUCUCCACGGCACUUUCACCUCCCAGUCUGAGGAGCUCAGCCUCCUCCGCUCCGUUCGGUUCUGCACAGCACUCAGCCCCCGGCGCAUGACUUAGAAGAAUUAGGUAGGUAGGGCGUCUUGAUAAUCGUACUCUUUCGAUUCAGUGUCACUCUUGCACCAGUCGAUGUGCACAGAAUCAAUCUUAGAUCCGCAGCACUCGCUUUGAUUCUAAACCAAUAACGCAGCCAAGGUCGUAGCCAACACGCAGCACCCACGUCCCCCACCCACCCGUCCCCACUGGCCUGAGGACUGCCGCCACACUCCACCACAUAUCUCUCUCUCUCUCCAGUGGGCGAGCUCGCAAGUUAAAUUUGCCCUGCUCUAAUUGCAGCUGUCACUUGGUUAGUCGGAAUGUGUGAAGCUCCUGUGGUGGGUCUCCGGAUCGUGGCCUCUUCUCACCCUCCGGCAGGAGGUAGCAAAAGGCACUGUUUGAAGGUUGCACACUCCCCGGGAUGGGGGGAGCUUUCUGGCUGGCUGCCAACUCCCUGCCCAGCCUCUUGGGUGCCCAAUGCGCUGCCAUCACGCAGGGCUCUGCCUACACAAUGAGCUCGCCCGGCCUUCUUCCCCACUUGGCAGCGGUGGAGGUUCUUGGGGGCUUCCCUGCUUCUCCUGCUGCUUCAGCCCCAGAUGCCCCGUGCAGUGCCCUAAAGGGAGGGCAGGCAGGGGGAAAGGCAGGGCAGAUGUUCUUCCAGAGGCAAGAGGGAAGGUAGGUGGCAGCCAUCAGAAGGGGGGGGGUCACUGGGUGGCCCAGAGGAGGGGACAAACUGCAAACGGGCUUCUCUGCUGGAGAGGGAAACAAACUUGGCUGGAAUAAUAACCCUAGUGAAGAACUUUCUGGAGGUGAGCAUCGUUUAACAGUGGAACAGACUCCCUUGGACGCUCCUUCCUUGGAGGUUUUUAAGCAGGGGUUCUGAGAUUCCUGCAUUGCAAGGGGUCGGACUAGUUGAGCCUUGAGGUCCCUCCCAAUUCUGCAAUUCUAUGAUUCUAAUAUGGCGGAACUAAGCCCAGGGUUUCCAUUGGCAGCGCUCCGUAGAUUUGCACCACCAGAGAGAACCUUGUGACCCCAGGCACAGGGUGCCAGUCUGCAGUGUUUGGCCCAAAGGAGGCCGCAAGUGGUGGAGGGGUCUGCCCCUCCUGGUGCAUAUCAUUCCCAAGCUGCGGGGCCUGCUUUGACCCCUGGAAAGGGUUGGGAAGCAGGGAGGAAAGGUUUGUGUGCAAGGAAGUGGAAGGAAGGAAGGACUGAUGCUCUCGCUGCUCGCCUUCAGGACUCUGCAUUAGAGGAAGAGGAAUAUACAGUGGUACCUCGGGUUAAGAACUUAAUUCGUUCUGGAGGUCCAUUCUUAACCUGAAGCUGUUCUUAACCCGAGGUACUAUUUCUGG